AUGUCAAGGAAACGAGAAGAUAAACCGCCGAAGGUUUUUGAACACGGCGAAGAAGUUUCUUCGUUGGAGGAAAAGAAUGAAGUGUUUUCUAAAGAACCAUCAGCCGUGAUGAAGCCUGCUCUGGUCACCGCAACAGAGAAGCAAAUUUCCGAUUCCAAAUCGGGAUCGGAUUCUGAAAUUGAUUCCGAAUUGGGAUCCGAGAUGGUUGUGACGAAGCCUUCUAUCACCGCCACAAAGGAGAAGGAUGAGAGGGUUGUGACGAAGUCUUCUGUCGGUGCUACAACAGAGAAGAAUUCCGAAAGUGAUUCCGAAUCUGAACCCGAGAAGGUUGUGAGAAAGUUUGCUCUUGCAGCCGCAACAGAGAAGGAUUCCGAAAGUGAUUCUGAAUCUGAACCCGAGAAGGUUGUGACGAAGCCUUCUCUCGUCGCCACAAAGGAGAAGGAUUCCGAAUCUGUUAAGUCCAAUGGGAAGAAAUCCAAGAAUGGCAAGUCAACGGAUGUUGAGUCUUCUUCUCUUGUUGAAGCUUUAGCGGGUUUUCGUAUGGAUGAACUUGGUGCUGAAAAAGGUGUAAGUAGGCUUUCUUCAGAGGAUAAGAAGAUAUUUGAGGAGCAGUUUAAAGAUUUGCAGUCUAGGGAAUUAAACUUUCACUUGGAGAAGGCCGGAAAUGAAUGUCUUGUUAAGCUUUGCUGA